ACUUCUCAAUUGUUUCUCUCGAAUCUCACAACUUUCGCUACUCGCAGUUACAUGUCUCAUCUUUUAUAAACCAACCAACCAUUUGAAACAAACAGGGCAAUCAGUCGUCAUGGGUGUCGAAGAAAUACCUUCUACACGCGCCACCGCAACUGAAACCAACACCGCUUCCGGAAACGCCGCCAAAGUGAAGAAACUCACUCUCAUCCCUCUUAUAUUCCUCAUCUACUUCGAAGUUGCCGGUGGCCCCUACGGCGAAGAGCCCGCGGUUCAAGCGGCGGGCCCCCUCCUUGCUCUCCUAGGCUUCCUCAUAUUCCCCUUCAUCUGGAGCGUCCCCGAAGCCCUAAUCACUGCGGAGCUAACUACAGCCUACCCCGGCAACGGCGGCUUUGUGCUGUGGGCGGAACGAGCCUUCGGCCCCUUCUGGGGCUCCCUAAUGGGAACGUGGAAGUUCCUGAGCGGUGUCAUCAACAUCGCAUCUUUCCCCGUCCUCUGCAUCGAAUACGUCCAAAAAAUCUUCCCCGUUCUCCGAUCUGGCUGGCCCCGCCAGGUGGCAGUCAUAGCUUCAACCCUGGCUCUUUCAUUCCUGAAUUACACCGGCCUCACCAUCGUGGGCAAUGUCGCUGUGUUACUCGCUGUGGUUUCUCUNUCCCCCUUCGUGUUAAUGUCCCUCAUCGCCAUCCCCAAGAUUAAACCGCAUAGGUGGGUUAGCUUGGGUCAGAAGGGGGUUAAGAAAGAUUGGAACUUGUUCUUCAACACGCUCUUCUGGAACCUCAACUUCUGGGACAACGUCAGUACCUUAGCCGGGGAAGUUGAUAAACCGAACAAGACUUUCCCUUUGGCUCUUCUUGUUGCAGUCAUUUUCACCUGCGUCUCCUACUUGAUCCCUCUCUUCGCUGUCACUGGAGCAGUAUCGGUUGAUCAGAGCCAAUGGGAAACUGGGUUCCAUGCGCAGGCUGCGGAAAUUAUCGCAGGAAAAUGGUUGAAAAUCUGGAUUGAAGUCGGGGCAGUAUUAUCGGCAAUUGGUCUUUUCGAGGCCCAAUUGAGCAGCAGCGCGUACCAGGUUCUGGGCAUGGCGGAGAUCGGGAUUCUGCCCAAGUUUUUCGGAGUUAGGUCAAAGUGGUUCAACACGCCUUGGUUGGGAAUUCUGUUAUCGACUUUGAUAUCUAUUGGUGUGUCUUACAUGGACUUCACUGACAUAAUUUCUUCGGCGAAUUUCUUGUACAGUUUGGGGAUGUUGUUGGAGUUUGCAUCGUUUCUUUGGCUGAGGUGGAAGUCGCCCUCCAUUGAAAGGCCUUACCGUGUUCCCCUGAAGCUGCCACUGUUGGCAGUGAUGUGCUUCAUACCCUCUGGUUUUCUGGUUGUCAUAAUGGUUAUUGCUACCAAAACUGUUUAUUUGGUGAGUGGUAUCAUGACUGUAGCUGGAAUUGGGUUUUUCUUGUUCAUAAAACUCUGUAAGACAAAGAACUGGGUAGAGUUCAGCGUGGAGGAACAGAAAGAAACCCCCUUUGAAACGCAUGUGUUUUGAUGGAAUCAAAAUUGAAAGUGUAAUUGUUUGAUGUUUAAUGUUUGAAUUUCAAGUUCAGUACGAGA